AUGAUCUGGACCGCUGCCGAUGUUCCGUACGAUCUCGGUCAGAGGAAUCAAAAGGACACAUUCUACGGCUUGUUCCAUAAAGAUCUCUGUUUCGAGUUUACCAGGUUCGUGAAAUCAUAUCACGCGUACGAGAUGUCGGCGACAAUGGCACCCACAUGCAUCGGGCCUUUGGGCACCGUGGUCGCGAAUGAUGUGGAAGAAGAGCUAUCAUCGAAGACGGAGAGAGUAAAAGAGAGCUCACAAGAAGAAGAGGAAGAAACCUUCCAGAAAUACCUCACCGCCGGCGACGACGGAGAGCCGAAGAAGCCCUGGAUUGGUUAUCGUAUUGAGUAUCGGAAUCGAUGGACAAGCGAUUUGAUCGCCGAAAAGGUGCCGGAUAAAGAGAGCGAGCCUGUUAUCGACCAAAAUGACGGGCCUAUCUUCGAGGUUGUGACAACAUACAAAGUGGUGUCUCAAUCACUUGAUGCGAACACAUCUCUGGCCGUCAACUCCCAGUCGCUUCCAAUUCAGAGCCUUCGGAUUCACUCCUUGGCUCUCAUCAACGCGUUACAAUCAGUGGUGAAAUACUACCCCGACCAGGAUCUCUCGGGCGAGUACAUCAGCAUUCGAAAACCUUACCCGAUCCUCGUUCAUCAUUACGAUGAGCUACAGCAGUUCCGGCUUGACUGCUUGUCGAAGCUAGAAAGCGACCUUUGCGCCAGAGAGAAGGAUGCCGCAGAGCAUCUUCGCAUCUUGCUUCAGUUCCUCGACGAUCAUGUGAUGGCCGGUGUCCGAGAAGAGCAGGAGCGCAACAAACGUGGAUUUUCCACCUUUGAAUGGCGAUGGGUUGCGUUGAAACCAGGCGUCACAUUCUUGGAAAGAGAUGAACAGCUCUACGAAGGUUGGGAGGCAUUCGUCAUUCACUCCGUUACCGGAGGGGUGUUCGAAAACCCUCCAGUGGCCUGGGAAGCCAGGAAAUGGCGGCUCAACUACGAAGAUCAUUACAUUGAGCGAGUAUGGGGUCCCGCAACGACCUGGGUAGCAUUUGAUGGAGAGAAACCCGAUGCCACCAGAACCGAAGAAGUCAGGUUCAUCGAUCCCAACAGCGAUGAGUGCAUGAAAGAUGGAAUUAAGAAGCUACCAACACAAGGGAAGGGCAGCGGAUUUCCCACACAACGAGACGUCGAUAGCUAUCACUCUCAAUUCCGUGAUCAGACACCCGUGACGAUCGGUGACGAAGGCGUACGAAACUGGGUGAGCGGAUGCACCUGCAACGUGUGUCAGAAGAGCCGAAGCGAAGGGAACCAGAAGAGAGAUGUGAAGACCGCUUUCAGCGACUUUCUCUUCAUUGUCACAAGCAAUACUCUGAGCAAUCACCAGUAUCUCCUCUUUCCCACGUCGGUAGUGGCGUACAUGUUCAGAACCCGGAGUUGGGAACGCGUUCACAUUAAGAAUCUCUCAGAAGCAGAGUUUGAUGAGAAUAUGAUCAGCCACUUGGUCAUGAGUGAACACCGCCUGAAAACUUUGAAAGCUCUCUCCAAGAGCUUCGCCAGAGUCAGCCGGGAUGGAAAACCACUGCAUAACGAACGUUGGAGUGCAGACUUUAUUCGAGGAAAAGGAAGCGGACUAAUUUUUCUUUUGCAUGGCAAGCCAGGCGUGGGAAAGACAUAUACUGCAGAAUGCAUCGCAGAGUUUGCUAAACGGCCCCUGAUGAUUCUGACCAGCAGCGAUAUUGGAACUGAUCCUAAGGAGGUGGAAUACAAUCUCACAGCCAGCUUUAAGAGAGCCAUGACUUGGGGCGCCGUUCUACUCAUCGACGAAGCGGACAUUUUCAUGGAACGCCGAACGACGUCAGAUUUAACUCGCAAUAGCCUGGUUGCGGGCUUUUUGAGGGCUCUCGAGUUUUAUGAUGGCAUUCUCUUUCUCACGACAAAUCGAGUGGGAUCAUUUGACGAUGCCUUCAUCUCACGCAUCCAUGUUCAGCUGUACUACCCGGACUUCACCGACGAUGAGCGUCAAAAAGUGUGGAGGACUUUCAUCGCGAAGUUGGCACGGGAGAGAGGAGAGACAAUUCGCCUUACUAUCGACGCUAAGGAGUACAUUGAAGCUACGCAGAAGCAUGGUAUUAAAUGGAACGGAAGAGAGAUCAGAAAUGCGUUCCAGACAGCUGUUGCGCUGGCUGAAUACGAUGCGGAAAAGGACAGUGAAGGGAAGAUUAUGGUGAAAGAUUAUCAUCUAAAAGCAGUCAUUGAGUUAUCGAAGGACUUCAAGGGAUACUUGGAUGAUCUUCACCGGAGGGACGAGGGGAAGAGAGCGGAGCAUAGGUACGAGAGAUUGGACAGCUAUGAUGGAGGCAAAUAA